AUGGGAAAAGGCGGUGGAACAUUUGAGCGACUUCUCGAUAAAGCUACCAGUCAGCUGCUGCUGGAGACUGACUGGGAAUCCAUUCUGCAGAUCUGUGAUCUCAUUCGACAAGGCGACACACAAGCUAAAUAUGCUAUUGGAGCCAUUAAGAAAAAGCUGAAUGACAAAAAUCCCCAUGUGGCCCUGUAUGGACUGGAGGUCCUUGAGUCAGUAGUGAAGAACUGUGGCCAGACGGUCCAUGAUGAGGUGGCAAGUAAACAAACCAUGGAGGAACUGAAGGAUCUGUUCAAGAAACAGACGGAACCAAAUGUCAGAAACAAGAUUCUGUACUUGAUCCAGGCCUGGGCCCAUGCUUUCCGCAACGAACCCAAGUACAAAGUGGUUCAGGAUACUUACCAGAUUAUGAAAGUUGAAGGUCAUGUUUUUCCAGAGUUUAAGGAAAGUGAUGCAAUGUUUGCAGCAGAAAGAGCCCCAGACUGGGUUGAUGCAGAGGAAUGUCACCGGUGCAGAGUCCAGUUUGGAGUUAUGACAAGAAAGCACCACUGUCGUGCCUGUGGCCAGAUUUUCUGUGGGAAGUGUUCGUCGAAAUACUCCACCAUUCCAAAGUUCGGCAUUGAGAAGGAAGUGCGUGUGUGUGAGCCUUGCUUUGAGCUGCUAAACAACCACCCCUCCCUCUCUCCUCCUCUUAGGAAGGCUGAAGGAAAAGCUCCAACUACAACUUCUUCUGAACUUCCUCCUGAGUAUCUCACCAGCCCAUUGUCUCAACAGUCACAGAUGCCUCCUAAGAGAGAUGAAGCUGCGCUGCAGGAGGAGGAGGAGCUGCAGUUGGCCAUCGCCCUGUCCCAGAGUGAGGCGGAGGAAAAGGAGAGGAUGGUGGGUCACACACCUGAGAAGUUUUUACUCUUUUAUAGUGUUGACAAAAAUGACAAAUGUUUACGUUUGUUUUCACAGAGACACAAGAACUCUUACCCUGUGUAUCCUAAAACGGAUCCCACCCCAGUGACCUCCUCAGCACCACCAGUCAGCACACUCUACACAUCCCCUGUGAACUCUUCUGCUCCUUCAGCUGAAGAUGUGGACCCUGAGUUGGCUCGUUACCUGAACAGAACAUACUGGGAGAAAAAACAGGAAGAAGCUCGUAAAAGUCCGACUCCUUCAGCCCCUGCGCCGGUGCCACUGUCUGAACCUCUCCCCUCCAUCAGUCAGCCUGUAGAGACUCACAUGCCUGGACAACCAGUCAGCAUAGUGGAGCAACAGUAUCAGAACGGUGAGUCCGAGGAGAACCACGAGCAGUUUCUGAAAGCGCUGCAGAACUCGGUGACCACCUUCCUGAACCGCAUGAAAAGCAACCAUAUGCGUGGACGCAGUAUCACCAAUGACAGCGCCGUGCUCUCGCUCUUCCAGUCCAUCAACAACAUGCACCCACAGCUGCUGGACAUCCUCAACCAGCUGGACGAGAAAAGAUUGUACUAUGAGGGGCUGCAGGACAAGCUGGCCCAGGUCCGUGAUGCACGAGCAGCUCUCAACGCUCUUCGUGAUGAGCACAGAGAGAAGCUGCGCCGAGCAGCGGAGGAGGCAGAGAGGCAGAGGCAGAUCCAGCUGGCACAGAAGUUGGAGAUCAUGAGGCAGAAAAAACAGGAGUACCUGGAGAUGCAAAGACAGUUGGCCAUUCAGCGCCUCCAGGAGCAGGAGAAGGAGAGGCAGAUGCGUCUGGAGCAGCAGAAACACACCAUCCAGAUGAGGGCCCAGAUGCCUGCUUUCUCUCUGCCCUAUGCCCAGAUGCAGUCCCUUCCCCCGAAUGUGGCAGGAGGAGUGGUGUAUCAGCCUGGUGCACCGCCCAGUUACCCAGGAACCUUUAGCCCUGCUGGUUCAGUGGAAGGCUCGCCUAUGCAUAAUAUCUACAUGAACCAACCUGGACAGGCUGCACCAGCACAGUACCAGGCCAUGCCAGGAACAGCCACAGAUCCAAACAUGGUCAGUGCCUACAUGUACCCACCUGCGGGUGUAAACGGGCAGCCUGCCCCUCCACCUGGUCAGGCUCCACCGACUACAAGUCCCCCCUACUCCACCUAUCAACCCACACCCACACAAGGCUACCAGAAUGUUGUGUCACAGGCCCAGAGUCUGCCUCCCAUGUCACAGGCUGCUCCAACCAAUGGUAUGGCUUAUAUGGGCUACCAGCCGUACAGCAUGCAGAACAUGAUUUCAGCGUUACCAGGUCAGGACCCCAAUAUGCCGCCACAACAGCAGUACAUGCAGGGCCAGCAGCCCAUGUACCAGCAGGUGGCUCCCCCUGGUGGUCCGCAGCAGCAACAGCAGCAGCCUGUGCAGCAGCAGACGCCUCAGGCUGUGCAGGGAAGCACAGAGGCGCAGCUCAUUUCCUUUGAUUGAAAACCCACACGCUGCAGUGACACACUACACCCUCCUCAGUCUCCUCUGCUUCUCUGGACUCUGAUGCUCCCCCGCUGGAAACACACACACACCAACAUCUCCCUCAUUCCAUCCCAGCUGUGAUGUUGUGGCAAUGUGAAAUCUUGUGAUGAUGAUGCAGAACUUUUGCUCUUUUUUGUUCUUUUUGCCCACUCGUGUGGGGAAGCUGCAGGAAAGAGCACCAUAACCCACACCCUCCCUCUCCCCCUCUCUACCUGACGUGUAUGUAGUACUCCCUUAAUAAAUGAGUAACUGAACCACAGGAAUAAAUAGUCAGUGAUAUUAAAAACAAAUUAUGAAAAUCUGUUAUUAAUUAAGGAAAAAUAAAGACGUAAACAUCCUUUGUCUCAUAUUUUUCUAGAAAAUGUUUGCAUGUUAAUCUUUAGUUCCGUGGUGGAAAAGAAGUUGUUGAACGUUGUAGGUUAAGAAGUGAUUCAAAGACCGUUACGUGCCAUUAUCAAAGGUAAAUGUGUAAAUAAGGGUGAAGUUGUUGCAGAGAAAGCACAGUCAGAGCCCUGGGACACCAGGCACUAACUUUCAGUCAAGUUGCUGUAAUUAUCAGCUCCACACAGACAAAAAUCAUCUCGUCUUCUGGUGUUUAUUUAAUGUUUACUGCACCCAGCAUUUUGUUUUCCUUUUACAGACUGUUGGGUGAGCAGAAACUUCCGUGGACAAUGUUUUAAUCUUUAUGGAAAAUCAUUUAACCAAACUAAAUAAAAUAAUGAAAUAUUACAACCUAAAUCACUGUGGCAAGGUUCCUGCACCAUUCUGUUACCUAACGUUAACUGCCAUCAAAACGUGAGACACGAGAUGAACUGUCCUGUGUUUGUACCUCGUCUCAGCUGAGGUUCUAUAGUCAGUGCAGUUCAGACUGACUUUUUUUUUUCACCAGUUCUUGGCUUUUCAAUUAUGUGGAAAUGACUGCAAGAGGAACAGAAUCUGUUGCAUGUAUGUAUCACACAGCAAACCAGUGAUUUUCUGUAACCGGUCAGCUACCAUCUGUGAACUUCUUAAUUCCAUCAGUCUGAUCUGUCUGACAGUAAUUUUAAAAUUAUAUUUAAUAAAUAUCUGGUUCUCACUG